AUGGAACCCGCUCAAGUACAGCUUGCUCGCCCUUUAGUACCCUUGUUACGGAAUGGUGGUACAACACACCCGUCUGUUCACAAUGACCGCGUGGCUUUGGGAUAUAUGGGACACUGGGUCUCGUUUGUGCAAGACGUUAUGACCUUGUUUCAAUCGACACCAAUGAACCAUCAAGUCCCUAUAAAUAAUGAAUUUGAAAACUACGUCGUGGGCAGUGAACUUGGUCUUUCCGGCAGAUUCGUACGAAACCUUUGCGAUCCCGUCAUGCAAGCAUUGAUGCCGCUUCCUGAAAUGUCCUCCGUACGAUUCGCUGACAUCCAAGCCCUUACCCUCUCUGGCAGAAUUGUUCCAGAUGUCGCUUUCGGUCUUGUGGUGAAUCCAGAAUCCUCUGCUUCCCUCGACGGCAUUUCCAUGGUUGGCGAGUUCAAAACACCCUGGACAGUGACUAUCCAUGAAAUGCAAAUCAAUUGUCCAAACCCAAACCCUCGCUUAGAAACUCUGAUAGGACAAGUCGCAAGCCAAAUGCGAAUGGCAUGUGUCAAAUACGCCUUCCUAACCACAUAUAACUUCACUGUGUUUAUCAAGAGAGCAAGCGACCUUUCGUACCUCCUCUCACAGCCUUUCGGAUAUGAUUGUCAAGGUCCGUCGCUCCGAGAAAUGUUCGUUGGAUUUUGUCUUCUGUCCAUGUCGGAUCCAAAUUACCAUGAAAGUAGUGCGAACACUGCGAUAAAGUUAAGAGGUAUCCCCGGGCUUCGAGUAUCAGAAAGGCUAUACACUCUGCGUUCCCAAGAAUUACCUCCCCCAGGCACCCCCCAGACUAUUACACCGACCAGCGUGGCUGUCGAAUGUGGCACCACAAUGCCGGUAAUUGUCAACUGCGUGGAAAAAAUGUCACUCCCUGAUAAUCAGGACAAGGCAGUGUGGUUGGCAGACAUCAAUGGAGUUCGACGAGUUUUAAAAUGCUGGGUUCCCGACUUGGACGCACUGUUUGACAACGAAGCUGCUGUUUAUGAUCGCCUAGAAACAGCCCACCUAAGUGGAAAUUAUCUUUUCCCUAAGUGCAUCGCAAGAGGACAAAUCGUAUGCUCGAGUCUGUUUCCAGCAGGUUACGCGGUCAUUAUGGAAUAUCGGGAGGGCAAGCCACUCUGCGACAUCUGGCACAUCCUCAAUGCAGCCGAACGAGCCCACGUUGAAAAGGAAUGUUUGAAGGCCAUCCACGCGCUUCGAGCAAUCUCUAUCCGUCUUGACGACCCUGGAAUGCAUAAUGUUUUAUAUGCAAGAGAGAGUAGGGCCGUGACUCUUCUCGACUUUGAGGUUGCGGCGCCGCUCACGCCAAACACUUUUAUUCCUACUUCCUACGAAAUGAACAAGAUAUUCAAGUCAGGCUCGCUUUCCACAGGCGAACAUGGCGGUUAG